CCAUGAUUUAUAUUAUGAUGGGUACAACAAAUUCAUAAUCCCAUUUCUGUCUCACCGGGAAAGAACAAAUUUUUAUGCUCAAGUGGAUAGUGGGUGGGAGGGCGAGUCAAAGUUUUUAGGACACAAGUUGAUGCAAAUACUGUGUUGAAUUCAACGAAACCACCCCGAAGACCAGAGUACCAGAACCAGAAAGAGUAAAGUGGUGCCCAAACCCAAACCCCUUUUGCUUCUUCUGAUCCCUUGAAUCACUUCAAAUUCUGAUAAGGUGUUUUUUCUCUUUUGGGUUUUAUUUCUUCAUUUUUGGUUGUUUGGACAUCUGGGACUUGCAGUCAGAAAAGGGUCAACCUUCAUCAUAUUGAGAACUGGGAAGAAACCCAUCAUGGCUGAUAGUCCUAGGACUGAUAUUUCUACAGAUGUGGAUACUGAUGAUAAGAAUCAAAGGUAUGACAGAGAUCAAUAUGCCAUCACUGCGGCGGUUUCGGAUUCCAGUGACAAAUCGAAAGACCCAAAGGAUCAGAAGACUCUUCGUAGGCUCGCUCAAAAUCGUGAGGCUGCAAGAAAAAGUCGGUUGAGGAAGAAAGCAUAUGUUCAGCAGCUGGAGACUAGUCGUUUGAAGCUGAGUCAACUAGAACAAGAGCUUCAGCGAGCCAGACAGCAGGGAAUCUUCAUAUCCAGCUCAGGAGGAGACGCUGCUCAUUCAACAAGUGGAAAUGGGGCCAUGGCAUUCGAUGUAGAAUAUGGGCGGUGGCUGGAAGAUCAAAAUCGACAAAUUAAUGAACUGAGAUCCGCUGUAAAUUCUCAUGCAAGUGAUGCAGAGCUUCGUAUUAUUGUAGAUGGAAUCUUGGCACAUUAUGAUGACAUCUUUAGGCUGAAGGGUACAGCGGCUAAAGCUGAUGUAUUCCAUUUGCUGUCUGGAAUGUGGAAAACACCUGCAGAAAGGUGUUUCUUGUGGCUUGGUGGUUUUCGCUCGUCUGAGGUCCUGAAGCUUCUUGUUAAUCAGUUGGAGCCUCUGACAGAGCAGCAGUUGAUGGGGAUUACUAAUUUGCAGCAAUCUUCCCAACAGGCAGAAGAUGCAUUAUCUCAAGGGAUGGAGGCCUUGCAACAAUCUCUAGCUGAGACUUUGUCCAGUGGAUCUCUUGGAUCCACAGGUUCGUCUGGUAAUGUUGCAAACUACAUGGGUCAGAUGGCCAUGGCAAUGGGAAAGCUAGGGACUCUUGAAGGGUUUAUCCGCCAGGCUGACAAUUUGCGGCAACAAACACUGCAACAAAUGCAUCGUAUCUUGACAACUCGCCAGUCGGCCCGUGCACUUCUGGCUAUAAAUGAUUAUUUCUCACGACUACGAGCUCUUAGUUCUCUCUGGCUUGCCCGUCCAAGAGAAUAAAACGCUUUUGCAGUUGCUCCCAACCUGAUCGGUAUUGUUGUAGCCUGCAAAACAUCUGAAUAGAAAUUGACUUCCUCUAGUACAGCACUGGUAUCUAUUACCUGGUCAUCUUUACAGAUUUUCUUUUAGAUUUUCUUUCAUGUUGUAGCCGCAGAAAUUGUAUCGUUAGAGCUAAUCUUGUAAUUUUCUUUCCUCAUUCUAGUCAUUAUAUAUGACCCCGUAAUGCUAUUGGUGACGAUUCAUGUGUAUUUGUUUAUUGUUAAUAAUAGUGUUAUUGUUGAUGUUGUAACUGAUUAGAAAAUGAAUUUGGGAUAUGGCUUUGACUGGUCUA